AUGAUAAAGAGAGCAUUGGCACCAAUCGUUCAACCACAAAGAUUGUUUGCCGCUUUAAUGGUAAUUGGUGGUGGUGGUAGAUCAGCAACAACAACAACAACAACAACAACUAAAGCAUGUGGUAAUGGAUCAUCUCAGUCACCUCCAUCUACACCAUUAUUAUCAUCAAAAUCCUCAACAAUAACAUCAAAUAAAAAAUCAGCAAUACCAUCAUCACAUUUAUAUAUUCCAAAGAAAUCAACAUUAGAUUCUAGACAAAUUGGAAAUUAUUCAAGAGAAUAUUCUACCUCCUCCUCUUCAUCAUCAAAAAAGUCAAUCUUUAAUGAUACAUAUUUAAAUGAUUUAUUUUGGCAAUUAUCAUCACAAGGUCCUGCAUUUGAAGUUAAUCCAAAUAAUAUAGAUUUUAUUCAAGAACCAAUUGAUUUUUAUAAUCAUUUAAUUGAUGGAGUUAAAAGAUCAAAAAAAAGAAUUACAAUGGCAUCAUUAUAUUUAGGUACAAGUAAACAAGAGAUUGAAUUAGUUAAAGAGAUGAAAUUAGCAAUGGAAAGAAAUAAAGAAUUAAAGAUACAUAUAUUAUUGGAUGGUUUAAGGGGUACUAGAAUUGGAUUAGAUAAAGAGAGUAGUGCAACUAUAUUGGGUGAACUAUUAAGCCUUUACUCUGAUCGUGUCACUAUAAGUAUGUAUCAUACACCAGACCUAAAUGGAAUCUUAAAGAAAGUAUUACCACCAAGAAUCAAUGAAACCAUUGGUGUUCAACAUAUUAAAACCUAUAUAUUCGAUGACGAUUUACUUUUAAGUGGUGCAAAUCUAUCUAAAGAUUAUUUCACAAAUAGACAAGAUCGUUAUGUUUUAAUUCGUUCCACAAGCACAGUUUCAAACUAUUUCAAUGAGAUCGUUGAAAUCAUCGGUUCACUCUCUCUACAUGUCGAUAAAGAUAAUAGGAAUCAGUUACUCCUAUCAUCUGGUUCAAUCGAUCCAGUCACACAAUCAAAUGAAUUUAAAAAUUUAGCAUAUACAAAAUUAUCAACACUUUUAAAAUCACAUUCAUAUUAUCCAAGUAACAGUAAUAGUAAUUCAUCAGUUGAUUCACCAUUUGAUUGUAAUAAUAUAAAUAAUGGGGAGACUACUUGGAUAUUUCCAACAAUUCAAAUGGGACCAUUUAAUAUACGUCAGGAUGAGGUUGUUACAUCACACAUUUUCGAAUCUGUUCCAAAUGAUUCUAAAUUCUUUAUCACUUCACCAUACUUUAAUUUAACAGAGAAUUACUUAAACUUAAUUCUAACUGGUAAACCAAAAUUGGAUAUUAUCACAUGUUCACCACAAGCCAAUGGAUUCUAUGGUAGUAAAGGCUUGAGUAGUGCAGUACCCGACUGUUAUGCAAUUAUAGAGAAACGUUUCCUUCAACGUGUUCAAGAUACUGAUAAUGGUGAUCGUAUCUCUGUUCAAGAGUAUAUUCGUGAUAAAUGGACCUAUCAUGCCAAGGGACUUUGGAUUCAAGUAAAGAAUCAACAACAUCCAUCCAUUACACUCAUUGGUAGUCCAAAUUUCGGUUCACGUAGUGUUGAAAAGGAUUUAGAAGCUCAAAUCAUUUUAAUCACUCAAAAUAAACAAUUACAACAAAAAAUGGAAAAUGAAAAAAAUUAUCUUUGGACUGAUACUCAAAAUGCUAACCUUGAAUUAUUUGAAAAAAGAAAAGUUUCUUUAAUGGUUAGAUUUUUAGUUUAUAUUUUUGGUAAUUAUUUAUAA